AUGGCAUCAGACCGCCUAACCCGACCACAAUCACCCGAGGUCGACCUCAAAACCUUCAUCGCGCAAAUGCCCAAAGCGGAGCUUCACGUCCAUCUCGAAGGCUGCCUGACACCUGAUCUUGCCCGCGCUCUCGCAACACGGAACAACCUGCCCACUCCGUCGUCCAUUGCCCACUUGGAACCGUCUCACCCGGAGGCAGGCUAUGCGUUCAACGACCUCACCUCGUUCCUGCAGAUCUACUAUCCAAACAUGGCCGUCCUGGUCACGGCCGAGGACUUUUCUGACCUGGCCCUGAGCUACCUACGCACCGCAUACGCCCAGAACGUGAAGCACGUCGAGCUGUUCUUCGACCCGCAAGCACACACGUCGCGGGGAGUGCCCUUCCCGACCGUGGUGCGCGGUUACCGCCACGGCAUCGUCACGGCGCAGCGAACGCUAGGCAUCUCAGCGAGUCUGAUCAUGUGUUUCCUCCGCGACCACAGUGCCGAAUACGCCAUGUCGACCCUGAUGGAGUCGCUCCCGUUCAAGGACAGCAUCAUCGGCGUCGGCCUGGACAGCGACGAGCGCGAAAACCCUCCCAGCAAGUUCGCGUCCGUCUUCCAGCGCGCCUCCCGCGAGGGCUAUCUGCUCACCAUGCACUGCGACAUUGACCAGCCCAACACCCUGACGCACAUCGGUCAGGCCGUUAACGAGAUCCAAGUGGACAGAAUCGACCAUGGCACCAACAUCAUUGACUCCCCGGAACUGGUCGACACCAUCAAGACUCGCGGCAUCGGACUGACUUGCUGUCCAAUCUCAAACUCCGUGGUCACGGCCGACUUCAAGGGCCGGGAAAUCCUUGGCCUCCUGCGGCAGGGCGUCAAAGUCACCAUCAACAGCGACGACCCAGCCUAUUUCCGCGGUUACGUGAAUGAGAAUAUGCUGAAAAUGGCCGAGGGGACCGAUAUAACAAAGAAGGAGUUGAUCCAGCUGCAGAAAAAUGCAUUCAUGAUCAGUUGGAUCUCGAGUUGGCGGAGGAACCAUUUUUUACAAAUGUUGGACGAGUAUGAGAAAAAGAUGCUAGGCAACAUAGAAGGAGAAGCUCUAGUAAACGGGAUUUGA